AUGUCCCAUUCCAAAAUCUUUUUUGUAGGAGCGCUAUAUCAGGACAUCAUUUUACAUACAGACAGCUAUCCGAUAGAAGAUUCAAAGAGCCGAGCUCGAAAGGUCGAGAAAAGAGUCGGUGGGAACAGCGCAAACAGUCUAAGCGUUCUGACGCAGCUUGCCCCAGGAGGACACUGGCAAAAUGCUGUUGGAACGGGUACGAGUGACUUGGAAUUUGUGGGAGCUUUUGCUGGAGAAAGGGAUGCGGAUGGAACGAUCUGUAGCCCCUUAGCUCGACACAUUGCAGCGCAUGGUGUUUCUCUCAAGUACUCCGUGACCCGUCCUUUAGCGACCACUGAUCCCACCUCUUAUAUUAUAUCCACACAAGCUUCCCGAACAAUCAUAAGUCACAAUGAUGUUCCAGAACUCACGGCAGCGGAAUUCAUACCAGCUCUCAAAAAGGAUAUAUUUGAAUCUACCUCAACGGCGCCAGACUCGGCGCGAUUAUGGUUCCAUUUUGAGGGAAGAAACGUGCAGCAAGUUUAUGAUAUUCUGGAUUUCAUAAACUCUGAAAAACGGACCAAUGUGACCGUAUCGAUAGAGUUUGAGAAACCCGCCAGGGAAGGCCUUGCUGAUCUUUUAGCUAUGGCCGACAUCUGCUUUUUUUCCAAAAUUUAUGCAGACGCUAUGCGAUCGGAUCUUGAUGCCGCUGCAUUUCUGGUGGACGCAAAGGCCAGAUGCAAAGAUGAGUAGGUUCCAACAAACCGAUGUAUAGAAAAUAUCUUGAUUGACUGCGUAAAAAAUUUCUUUCCUUGGUAUCUAGCGCAAUUCUCGUGCUCACGCAAGGUGCGCAGGGAGCGUGGGUCUUGGCACCCACAUUGGACUGCCCAGUGCACGUUGCUGCCUAUCCACCAGCCCAAGGCGUAGUUGACACCACCGGCGCAGGAGAUACAUUCAUAGCCAGUGUCAUAGCGGGACUGUUAGGAGGAGAGUUGGAUAUUAUUGCUGCAGUUGACGUCGCAUGUCGAGUUGCUGGCGCUAAAUGUGGACUGAGUGGAGUAGAAGGAGUUAUUAAAGCAGCUGGCUUCUAGCGGUAAUCUAGUGAAUAUGGGCCGUUGGCAUUGUGGGUGCUGGAGACGUGUGACUUAUCAUGCCGGGCUGGGCUGCGGUAUACGGCGGUUUGGAGUGUGAGGCAAUCGCGGCUGAGACAGUAAUGGCCAGCAUCCGCUUGCCCCUUGCUGGACCUCGGCCACCACUAGGCAGAAUGAUGCUAUUUCAUGAUUGGAGCAACAUCGAACGGCGGUAACAAAUGUCCUGGACAUUAAACAUAUGGUCACGUCUGACGCUUAUUUGACAUAUAAUAUAUGUAAUACUUUCAACAUG